GCGGCCUGCUGGGCCGCUGGCCUGAGGAGAAAUGAUGUUAUUUCGGCCUUCCCCAGCCUGGGCUCCCCUUGGUGAACGUGUCUCCCUUCGGGCGGCUCCGUCGGUCCCAUUCCGCCACGGUUGGCGCCGGUGCCUGCGUUCCUGUGGAGCUGGGCCCCGGACACGUCCCCGUGAAAGCACGUCCAGGUGGCCCUUGUCGUGCCUUACCCAGGAACGGGGGGCUCUGAGCACCGGGACGGGGCCGCUGUUCCCCUCAAUCCCGCGGCUCUCGUCAGUGUUUCUCUCACAGGAGCUUCCCGCACCCUCGGAGGAGAAAGAAGUGUGACACAGUGGAGCUGUGCCGAGGGCGAUCUCUGCUGCCCAGCCUGGGAAUGCCGCGCCCUUGGGGACGCGCUGGCACAUCAGUUUUCCCUUGAAAAUAUUUUACAAGCUGCUUAUGUGAAACGUUCUGCUGCGAAGAGCUAAAUGAGCUUGAAAAGCUGAUGGCUACUUAAGCUAGUCUUACAUUUGCGGAGAUCUUGGUACUUCAGUCCCUUAGACUCACAGAUUUUUGAUAAAAGUCUUUCAGUAAAACUUUUUCCCGACUAUGUAAGAAUAUGACAAUAACUCUUUAAAAAACUUUGUCUACAACGUAAGAUUGAAGCAUCCAUAACAAAUAACGAUGUGUGGAAAGUCAUAUGAAAUGCAUUUAAAAUGUUCAGUGCUGCUCGUUUUUUCAGUAUACACAUUUAGAAGGAUUAAAAUAACCAAUAAAGAAUCAGUCAGAUAUAGGCUAACGUAUUUAAAGAUGGAGCACUGUUAAUUAGGCUGAUUUAGGUAAUCUCAGGUUCAUCAGUGAUGCUUCCGACACUAAAUGGAGGAAAAGAAGAUAACAGAAUUCUGGCCAGAGAUGAGAACAGUUUAAAUGGCAGCUACUGUCUGACUAUUGACUUUGUAAGUACUUCAAAAAGGCACAGUGAAGUACAGUUCAUGUGCAAUGUACCUGACAUUAAAUGUAUCUAUGUAGAUACAAACAAUCAUUGCAAGAAAAUGACUUUUCUGAUGUCUUGAGUUGGAAAGAUGUCAUGCCUACAAGCAGAGGUUAUGGUCAUCCUCGACUGGGAGAGGAAAAUGUGUUUAUCGGUCAAUCCAAAAUCUACAGCUACCUGAAUCCUAACAAAUCUCCUGGUGCUCGCCCCCCACUUCAAGAGGAGAACUCUGUCAUGUAUCACGAGGUGAAAUGUCAGGGCAAAACACUAAAUGAAACCUACAGAAAAGGAGAUGAAAAAAAGAAUGGUGGCAAUAUAAUUGAAGGUGCUAUGAAACCAGAAGACGAGAAAGAUAAAGAAAGUGGGUGCAAUUCUUCAGUGCCCUCGUCUGAUCAAAGACAAGAAACUGCAGAAACUCAGAAUACACCUCUGCCUUCAGAAUGUGCUGAUGAGGCCAAUGCAAAGCCAGCUCAGAAAAAGAUGGUUAAAGCAAAACGUGGACCAAGGAGAAAAACACAAGGAAGAACACAAAAUCGAAAAGUGACAGAUUAUUACCCAGUUAGAAGAAGCUCCAGGAAGAGCAAAUCUGAAUUGCAGACUGAGGAGAGGAAGAAAAUAGAUGAACUAAUUACAAGUGGGAAAGAAGAAGGAAUGAAGAUUGAUUACAUUGAUGGCAAAGGGAGAGGGGUAAUCGCUACUAAACAUUUUAAUCGAGGAGAAUUUGUGGUUGAAUAUCAUGGGGAUCUCAUAGAGAUCACUGACGCUAAAAAGCGAGAAGCUGUGUAUGCUCAAGACCCAUCCACAGGCUGCUAUAUGUACUAUUUUCAGUACCUCAGCAAAACAUACUGUGUCGAUGCUACAAAGGAAACUAAUCGUCUGGGAAGACUGAUUAAUCACAGCAAAUGUGGCAAUUGUCAAACAAAGCUUCAUGACAUUGAUGGUGUACCUCAUCUCAUACUGAUAGCUUCCCGAGACAUUAAAGCAGGCGAAGAGCUGUUGUACGAUUAUGGCGACAGGAGCAAAGCUUCCAUUGAAGCUCAUCCAUGGCUGAAACACUAAUUUGUCCUUUUUUUGUUUGUUUGUUUUGACUGAGUGCUCCACAGGGAGUCAAUGGAUUUAUUUUUUUUCCUGUUCUCACUUCCCUCAGCUUAGCGGACUGCUUUUGGUGUUUUGAGCUCCUUAAAAGCUAUCUUUUUGCUUUGCAGUAUUUAAGUACCUACUACAGGUUUCCAGGCAGGCUUGAAUAAUUGAUCUUAGAUUGCCAAAAUUUUUUAUAUUGUAAAAGGAAACUCUCCCUAAAAACUGAACAUAUUUGCAUAGAGAAACCAGUGCCACCUGAGCAUGCAGUCAGAGACUUGCACAGAUUGAAACUCAAUCACUUGGGUUGUACUUCUGCUUUUGCAAUGAAAACUCAUGCUCCACUUUGUGAGGAGAUGAACUUGGCGUUAGCUUUAUGACAGCAGAUGUACUUCUGUACUCUGACUCUUACAUCCAAUGGCUUGACUACUUGUCAGACUUCUUUUUGAAACCCAGUGCUGACAGGCUUCUGAGACGGACACUAUUGUUUCUAUCAUUCUCAAAUUAUUUGUGGUAGGGAUCUAAUUUUUCCAGAGUGGUAUCUCAUGUUGGCCGUGGAACUUCAAAUGCACUGGCACUGGGGGAAAUGGAUGGUCAGACUGGCUGCUUUCUUCAGAGAAAUUAAAUGCAGAUGGAUUUUGGUAGACUGGGUUGAUGCUGAUUAGAAAUGUGAAGAUAAAAUUUAGUCAUUACAGUGAGAAUCAAUUUUUGACAUUACUUAUUUUCUGAAGUUUGAGAUGGUACCUUUUUAUAGGUGAUGGCUGAUUCUUGGAGGUGUCUCCUAGAGGGUUUUAAAAAAGCAAAAGAAAAAGCUCUCUCCAAAAAAAAUUUUAUUACCUCCCUAUGUUAAUUAGCCACAUCAGAAACUAUUUAUUUACUGUGAAUGCUUGAAGUAGAGCAUAGUGGCUCUAAAACUGGGAGUCAUCUUCAUAUGCAACUUCAAACUGUAAUGAUGGAGUUCAUGCAAUGAAGAAAGUAGAUUCCUUAUUGCCUGGUCCUGUAGGUCUGUCCAGCAUGAUCUCAUCCCACUGUCUUAAAUGGGAGUUGAGUGCUUAGCAUCUUGCAGGAGAUGUUUUUAACAUUACUAUUGGAGAACCAAAUCUGUGAUAUAGGCGGGCAAUACAAUGGAGGUCCUUUAUGUUAAAGAUGAAUUCUUACCAGUUGGAAUUUUUGCCAAGGCAGGCUUGGCAUGUGUGUAGAUGAAGAUGGCUGUGAGCCAUCAGCCACGCUUGCUGCUGGAAAGUGUCGGCAAGGGAUCUGUGGCUCUGUUAAUAUUUUCUGCUUCUCGUGUCUUGAAGGCUGCUGCUGUUCCAGCUAAUGCUCUAUAGGACAAUCUUAUAUGCUUGCCUAUGUGAUAGGUCAGAUAGCAACAACAUCUUGGUUGUAUGCUCCAGCAGCAAGAGAGGUGGUUUAGUGAUGUAUUUUUAAAAUGAAAACUUGAAGACAAUGUCUCUGUAAAAUAAAGAAUAUAUUUAUUAUCGA